GGCCGCGGUCGCGUGACGGGCCGGCCGGGCGCUGCUCGCCAAGAUGGCGGACGAGGAGGGCGAGGGGCUGCCGCGCUCGGCGGCGGCUCCGCAGCGCAACGGCGGCAGCGAGGGGGCCCCGGCGGGCCCGGGAGGCCCCCGCGUCGUCCGCAUCGUCAAGUCAGAGUCCGGUUACGGCUUCAACGUCCGCGGUCAAGUGAGCGAGGGCGGUCAGCUGCGGAGCAUCAACGGCGAGCUGUACGCGCCGCUGCAGCAUGUCAGCGCCGUGCUGGGCGGCGGGGCGGCCGAUCGCGCCGGGGUGCGCAAGGGAGACCGCAUCCUGGAGGUGAACGGGGUGAACGUUGAAGGAGCGACACACAAGCAAGUGGUGGAUCUGAUCCGUGCCGGGGAGAAGGAGCUGAUCCUGACCGUGCUGUCGGUGCCUCCCCACGAGGCAGACAACCUCGACCCCAGCGACGACUCCCUGGGACAGUCCUUCUACGACUACACAGAGAAGCAGGCUGUGCCCAUCUCCAUCCCCACCUACAAGCACGUGGAGCAGAAUGGAGAGAAGUUUGUGGUGUACAACGUUUACAUGGCGGGCCGCCAGCUCUGCUCGAAGCGGUACCGGGAGUUUGCCAUCCUGCACCAGAACCUGAAGCGGGAGUUUGCCAACUUCACCUUCCCGCGCCUGCCGGGGAAGUGGCCGUUCUCGCUGUCGGAGCAGCAGCUGGACACGCGGCGGCGGGGGCUGGAGGAGUACCUGGAGAAAGUGUGUUCGAUACGUGUCAUCGGGGAGAGUGACAUCAUGCAGGAGUUCCUCUCGGAGUCAGACGAGAAUUACAACGGCGUCUCAGACGUGGAGCUCCGCGUGGCGUUACCGGAUAUAACGACGGUGACAGUACGAGUCAAAAAGAACAGCACUACAGACCAAGUGUACCAGGCCGUGGCUGCAAAGGUCGGGAUGGACAGUAUUACUGCAAACUACUUCGCCUUGUUUGAAGUGAUCAACCACUCCUUUGUGCGCAAACUGGCGCCCAACGAAUUCCCCCACAAACUCUACGUGCAGAACUACACCUCGGCCGUGCCGGGGACGUGCCUGACCAUCCGCAAAUGGCUCUUCACUACAGAGGAGGAGGUUCUCCUCAAUGACAACGACCUGGCAGUCACCUACUUCUUCCAUCAGGCUGUUGAUGAUGUCAAGAAAGGCUACAUCAAAGCGGAGGAGAAGUCCUACCAGUUACAGAAGCUUUGUGAGCAGAGAAAGAUGGUCAUGGAACAGGGCUUUGGGCAGCCUGGUCUGGUUGAAGAUGUCCCUGCCCAUGGCAGCAGGGUUGGAUUUGAAUGAUCUUCAGAGGCUCCUUCCAACCCAAACCGUUCUCUGCAGCCUUGAAGGAGACAUCCUUCUUGGAAAGCAGCAGCCUUGGAGAGCAAGGAGAGUGUGGGCCCAGGGCAGGAGGGAUUGUCAGGGCAUGCAGAUGGGCAGGAAUCCAGGCACGGGCCAGGCCCUGCCCGAGGGUCCCAACCCCCCCACCCCCCGUGCCUGGCACGUUCUACCAUGGCUCAGCCUUGGCAGAGCAGCCACUGACUGUGUGCCAAGCAAGGCAGAGAUAAGAGCUGCUGGGGUGUUGCCAGCAUGGAAAGGUGAGGUGCAGCAAUCCUUCCCCCACAGCCCUUCUGGGACAGCUAUUGCUCUUCCUCAGAGCUGAGAGGCCGAGGGCUGCGAGACAGCGGUGCUGGGCUGGGUCCUGGCCCGCUUGGAAUGCAACAUGCUGCUGCCUCCAGGCCUUGCCUGCUUUUUCCUUUGGUCUGGCAGAAGUCUCCCUGGAUUGCAAAUCCUGUGUCAGAGCUCUGUCUGCUCAGAGAUUUUGUUCCUGCCUCUUAUCACUGGGCCCAGCGAGCACUCUGAGGCUCGGCACGACUCGAGGAGCCUGCCUGGCCUGGCUGUGGGGGUGGGAAGGGGAUGCCCUGAGCUCAUCUGCAAGCUUGGCUUGAAGAUCAAACAGCAGAAGUAUCUGACUUGUAAACAGGAUCCUGAGUUGCUUGGGGCUGCUGGUACAGGGUGAAGGCAGGCUGCCCUUUCCCUGCACCCGCCUGCCUUCUCCUGGCCAGCUUUGGCUGCUCUCCAGGAGCCACAGGCUCUCCAGCUCGGCUGGGCCUGGCCAGGCCUCUGCUCAGAGCUGCUCUGGGGGGUCUCCCCUCGGGGUGAGGGCACAGACACUGCUUUGGGUGGACUCCAGAAGGGUCUCCUGAAAUGCUAAUCCACAAGGUUAGUUAUUAACUACCGAUGAGAACCAGCAAAUAGACGCUUCCUCCUGUGGGUUAUGUCAUGGCUGAGUUGUUUCUACUCCUCUCUCUGUCUUUCCAAUGACCAAAGAGGGAUCUGAACCUUUGGAAGGGAACUGUCCCAGCGCAGUGUAACACACACCCACGGCCCAGGAGCAGCGGGAGGGCGAGACAUCUGUGCCCCGAAGAGCCUGUGAAGCGAAAGUCCUUCAUCCUCUCCCUCCCCCCCAGGUUCAGGGUCCUGCCUUAGCUCUUUGGACCAAAAUAGCUCUUUGGACCUUUUCAAUGCUUGUAGCUCUGAGAAACAACAGCUCCCAGCUCUGCCUGGCUGCAGUGAGAGUGGGGCUCUGUCCUGGGGCUGCCUCAGCCCUUUGCUCAGAGCUGAGCGACGGCUCCGGCUGAGGCAGCUCUGGGAAGGGGCUCCUGGGCUCAGGGUUUGGGGAGGGAAUUCCACCCUGGGCUGGGGUAGAAGCAGCCAUUUCUGAGGGCAGGAAAGAGGCAGGAGGGUGCUCUUGCCCCUUUCCCCACAGGCCAACAGGCUUU